ACUGCUGUGUAGGCUGCGGAGCUGACAGUACCCGUUUCAGUGAUGUUGCAUACAGCUACCGCUCUCCUAAGCCAUCGAUGAAAGAGCGGCAAGAGUUUGUCCUCCAAGGCAAGAGCUGGAAAAAUGGAGGGAUCAACCCAAUGGAUAAACUCAAGGUGCAAGAACUUCGAGAAGAGCUACAAAUGCGAGGAAUUGAUGUCACUGGAAAGCGAAAAAAAGAG